AUGAUUAAUCAUUGGUACAAAGCAUUAUUAUUAUUUAUUGUUUUUCUUUGUCACCGUUAUUCUUGUACAGUAGGGAGCAGGUUUAUUAAUCUAAACAAGAUGGCUGCGUCCAUGAAAAUAAAUAUAAGAUUACAACUUAUUUUAAUAAUAUUCCUAAAAAUCCAUUAUAAUUUGGCAUCCAUUCGUAAAGAUUUGUUUUCAACAAAGACAGCAUAUGCAUGGACGAGAGAUGAAGAUGAAAUUGUUCCAGAAAACCGGUUUAUGACGACAGACUUCGAAGGAAAACAAUGCACGGCUGUCAACUUUCAAGUUCUUCUUAGGCACGGGGCUCGUUUCCCUGGUUACAAGGACAUAAGACGGAUGAAUCAAUUGCACGAGCUUCUCAAAUUUGCUGUCAGGUCAGAGGAUUUCCAAUUCUUACAGACAUGGGAGAGUGAAUUCCCAGAGGUUCAUGAAAAACAGCUGGUUGAUGAAGGGGAGGAUGAGCAGUUUGGUCUCGGUGAAAGAUUUGGCACGAGCUUCAAACAGCUCCUUACUGACAAUAUGCAAAAUGUUCAGUUCUACUCAUCAAGUAAACAGAGGUGUUUGGACAGUGCUAUGGCAUUUUAUGAAGGGAUAACUGGUGCUAUUUUAGAUGAAUCAUUCGAUGAUUUGAAACCGGUGGUAAAUAAUGACAUUCUUAGAUUUCAUGCUGAUUGUGCCAAUUAUUACCACAGUGUUGAAAACAAUAAAACUCAUCUGCUAUUUUAUAAAAAGUUUAAAUAUGGACCAGAACUUAAAAUGGUUGCGACCAAUGUGGCAAAACGUUUGGGCUUAAAACAUGCAGAAUUAAAUGCAGGUGAUUUAAAGUUAAUCUAUUUCUGGUGCACAUUUGAAAUGAUAAUCAUUGGAAAAGACGACUGGUGCCAUCUCAUGACGGAUGAAGAGAAGGAAGUCAUGGAGUACCACAAUGACCUAAAACAAUAUUGGAAAAAAGCCUAUGGUCAUCACAUGAUUGGAAAAAUGGCAUGUCCUCUGGUCAGCCAUAUGUUUAAACUUCUGGAGGAGGCUACAAAAACAAGAACCAGUGUUGGGUCAUUCUACUUCGGUCAUGCGGAGACAGUGGCGCCCAUCUAUGCAGCUCUUGGAUUGUUCAACGAUAGUCAACCGCUAACAGACUCAAACUUCUCAGCAAUGAAACAUAGGGCAUUUAAAUCAAGCAAAAUACUCCAGUUCUCAGCAAAUUUAGCAAUAGUUUUAUACGAAUGUAAGGAUUAUACUGAAAGUGGAUCAUUUAUAGAUGACUUUGUAAUAAGAAUGUUUGUGAAUGAACAGCCAGUGAAUGUCCCAGCUUGUGACAGACUGGUGUGUCCGUUUGUGAAGGUGAAAGACUCAUACCUGCACCAUAUUGAUGACUGUCUCUCUAGCAACAUCUGCAAGCUGCCAGUACAUGAUGAACUAUAAGUCUAACCACACUCGUCAUUUAUCUAGAUAUAUAGAAGUUUGUAUUUAGGCAGAGAGUCUCAAAAUUCAAAAUACAUAAGAAUCUCAAAACAUAUUCAAAAUGGAAACAAAGAGCUCGCAAGUAACUGCCAUAAUGUAAAAACAGUAUUGUUUGACAGAGAUAGGCAACAGUAUUGUCAACGAUUAUAUAGCCUAUACAUGUAAAUGAAGGUCUAAGUUUCAUUUACACAAAUGGUACUGGAUUCAUUUCUUGGCUUGAUGUUCAACUAGACCUGUUAUAACAUCAUUAAUGGAUUCUACAUUGAAAACGUUAUGGUUUUUUAUAUAGGUAAACUACAACAUACAACUUUAUUAAAAGCUAAAAUUAAUUGGUUUACCUAGUAAACUUAACAAAACAUAUUUUAUAACUUGAAUCUCCGCAUAACUUCUAAAGCAACAGUCAUCAAUUUAGCUUCAAACAUGAAAUGGGAGGACUAGUGAUAAAAUUUAGUGUUACAUUCUUGUAGAUAACAAUGUUGCAUUAAAAUUAACCUCAUAGUUUUGACAACAAAUCACUGUUAAAGCUUGUGUUUUGUGGCCAAAAUGUAUAUGCAAUAUACUGAUACAAUGAUUUGGAACAUGGUAUACAUGUAUAUGAAACAUUUACACUCAGUAUUAGUCACAGUUACUGCAUGCACAAUCCAAGUUAAUGAAAUUAUUUGUGAGUUCUUCUGUACAAUGUAUUAUUUCGAUCACGAAGGUUGUGACAGAUGGAAUUGUUUUGUACCAUUUUGUUAAGGACAACAUUCAGUAACUUGCUACUGGUAUAAGAGAAUAGCGUUGUAAUUUAUCAGCAUGCUGGUUAUUGAACAGUUAAGCUCUGCCUACUUAUUACCGUUCAGAUAUGGGAGUUACUGUACAGACAAAACACUGUCAUCAAAUAUGGUACAGACUUGUGACACACCUAUAGAAGUUAUAGCAUGGUUCGCACAGACUUAAAAAGUACUUAAAUUUGCAAAAAACUCCUUAAGACUACUUUUAUUUUCUUGACAAGUGCUUGUAUUUUUGGAAAAGGUCCUUAAAUAUACUUGUUCUACUCCAAAUGGAGCACUGUUAAUUAAAAAGGUUCAUUUUUACACAAAAAGUUUGAUACUAGUGGAUGUCUUGCUAUUAACUCUGCUGCUCCAAUCUCUUGGAGUGUGUCUGAAGGUACAGGGAUGGCUAUGGGGUUUAGACAACAGUGCUACAAAUUACCAGUACAAGAGCAAUGGUUCAGUCUUUUUCUGUUUCUCGUUUCAUUAUUGCUUUGAAUGUCUCUUUUUUUUAACAAAGAGUUGUUUUUCAUGUCUUAUAAAAUAGGUAUGUGUUAUUUGUAAAUAUUUGUUAUUGAAGAUAGUCCUUGAAAAUCUACUAAAGAUCCUUGAAAUCUCCUUGAUUUUUUUGCCGGUCAUGAUGUAUGAACCCUGUAUAGAAAUAUGGGUCAAUAAGACUAUAUAUGUAUAGUUUACAACAUACAUUUUGAUUUGGAGAUAAUUUUCUUAUGCAAAAGUACUUGAAUCAGGAAUGCCUGACUGGCAUGCAGUUCCUAUACUCCAUAGAAAUGAUUCCCGUAAUACCCUGCUCAGGUAGCUUAAAGAGUGAGGUAAAAAUAAAUUCAAGUCACAAGACUGUCCCAUUUAAGUGCUAAUUGUAAACAUGCCAACCCUUUAAAUUACUAAGACUUAAACAUAAUGUCAUAUACUAACAUUUGCUUGGUAUGCAAUGUAUUUUUAUGCAAAAUGUGUCAUUAAAGUUUUGUCAAUGUAAGGUUUCUGUGUUCAGUCGUUUCAAUUUCUUUUUCUUCUUUUUCCCAAUUCUGUAGAAUAGUAUUGCAUGCAAUCAAGAUAUUUAAGUUAUGUGUUUCAACUUAUUUUAUUACAAAUUACUAAACAAAACACACGUUUUGUAUUAUUGGAUCAAAAAAUAUAAUUAUUAUUUCCACCAAACUUUGUUACCCAUUUGCAUUUUCAUGUAUGAGUAAUGUUAUUAUUUGUAAAAAACUAUGUUACCCCAUUUUCUUUUACAUGUACGAGUUAUGUUAAUGAUAAUUUUUCAGGCUUUUUUUUCCUGUUUAACUAUGUUAGCGUUUCAUUUUUCUGCUUUUAUGGUUUUGAAAUAAUUUUACGGAAUUUGUUAAAAAUAAAAAAU